GAGUCCGGGAAGAGCACCAUUGUCAAGCAGAUGAAGAUCAUCCAUGAGGAUGGCUACUCAGAGGGGGACUGCCGGCAGUACCGGGCGGUCGUCUACAGCAACACCAUCCAGUCCAUCAUGGCCAUUGUCAAAGCCAUGGGCAAUCUGCAGAUUGACUUUGCCGACCCCUCCCGCGCGGAUGACGCCAGGCAGCUAUUUGCGCUGUCUUGCACGGCCGAGGAACAGGGCGUGCUCCCUGAGGACCUGUCCGGCGUCAUCCGGAGGCUCUGGGCUGACCAUGGUGUGCAGACCUGCUUUGGCCGCUCGCGGGAGUACCAGCUCAACGACUCUGCCGCCUACUACCUGAAUGACCUGGAGCGCAUCGCACAGAGUGACUACAUCCCCACACAGCAGGACGUGCUACGGACCCGUGUGAAGACCACGGGCAUCGUGGAGACACAUUUCACCUUCAAGGACCUACACUUCAAGAUGUUCGAUGUGGGUGGGCAGCGGUCUGAGCGGAAGAAAUGGAUCCACUGCUUUGAGGGCGUCACAGCCAUCAUCUUCUGCGUAGCCUUGAGCGCCUAUGACCUGGUGCUAGCCGAGGAUGAGGAGAUGAACCGCAUGCACGAGAGCAUGAAGCUGUUUGACAGCAUCUGCAACAACAAGUGGUUCACGGACACGUCCAUCAUCCUCUUCCUCAACAAGAAGGACCUGUUCGAGGAGAAGAUCACACACAGUCCCCUGACCAUCUGCUUCCCUGAGUACACAGGGGCUAACAAGUACGACGAGGCAGCCAGCUACAUCCAGAGUAAGUUCGAGGACCUGAACAAGCGCAAGGACACCAAGGAGAUCUACACGCACUUCACGUGCGCCACCGACACCAAGAACGUGCAGUUCGUGUUUGACGCCGUCACUGACGUCAUCAUCAAGAACAACCUGAAGGACUGCGGCCUCUUCUGAGGGGCAGCAGGGCCUGGCAGGAUGGGCCACCGCUGACUGUGCUCCCCCACACCCCUGAGGAAGAUGGGGGCCAAGAGGACCACGCUCCCCGCCUGUCCCUCCCCUAGCCGCUUUUCUCCUCUCUGUAUUCUUGGCUCCCCCGUCCCCUUCCUCAGUUCCAGAGACUUGGGGGAGGGGCUGCCACAGGCCUCCUUGUUUGAAGCCCUUCCUUGUCGCAGGUGCUGGGAAUGGCUGUGGUACCCCCUUCCUGGGCAUCUGUUCUGGUUUUAACUAUUGUCUUGUUCUGCGUCGGGGGAGGGGAACACAUAUUGAAUCUCCCAAAACCUGUGUCUGGAGGGGCACCCACUUCUCCAGCCUGGGACCCCUGGCUUCACCCAGCACCAGCCCCUGACCCAGCCCAAGUCCAAAUGUUUACAGGGAGCCUCCUGCCCACCCCACCCCCUCAGCCGCUUGGAGGCCCCAAAGGAAAAAGCACAAGAAGCGUGAGACGCCACCAUUCCUGGAGACCACAGUCCACCUGCUCACUCUCGUAGCUUUUUUAAAAAAUGGAAGUAAAGCAAAAAAAAAAAAAAAAAGAAGAAGAAGAAGAAAAAAGAAAGAAACCUGCAAACCUAGAAAACUUUUUAGAGAAAAACUAUUUAAAACUGAUCCUGACCAGCACCCACCCAACUCCCUUCCAGUGAUUCCGUGCCUUGAGUGUGUCUGCGUGUUUACACCUCUCCCUCCGCUGGCUGCCCCUAUGCAGGCGGUGGCCCACCCUGCCCGCCACAGAAUCGGGUUCCAAGGGCUGUUCCGGACAACUGCCAACGUCACGGAGGGCCCCUGCCCAGUGGCUCCAUUAACCUAAACGUAGCUCCUUAGCGCUAACUUAGGAACCACCGCUGCCUGCUGAGGGGCCAAGCCCCUCGAGCCCUCGCCCCAGGCCGGGUCCUUCAGCGUUGAACACUUCCUUGCUUUUUUCACGUUUUAUGGAAUUGUUCACCUGGUUUGAAAUAAUAAAAUGUAGAAAGAAAAAUA